UGACCAGCGUACUUGGGUAUGGAUCAGAUCAAGAUGUUGUAAUAGUUAACAAUGACCUGAUUUGUGUGCCUUUUUAUUUAUGCAAUUUUUUAACAUUAUCUGAUAUCUGGAUGACCAUAAAUUAUCGACAGUAAUCCGUUUGUCCGAUUCUAAAACGAAAAAAACGGUCUCAGGCUCUUCUUGUAGACUUGGGUAUAAAUUGGCCCAAUGCUCUGUGUGGAGAAAUACUUUGAACGGCGACCUCUUGCAUCACUUGAAUUGUCUUGGAAAGACCAGUUAUUGAAUAUCACCGUUAUUACUAUGCAGUGUGUCCGUACUCAGAACCAUCUCUUAGAAGCGCUAAAAUAGACCUACACCAGAGCGACUUGCGUUCUUCGCGAAGAGACUUAAUCCAAGCCCGAUCACUUUCCCCCUCGAGUCUGGCCACUCCGUAGUUAUGUUCGCGGCGGUAGAACAUGGACCCAUUCUCUGCAGUGACUCCAACAUCCUCUGCCUGUCCUGGAAAGGUCGAGUACCCAAGAGCGAGAAGGAGAAACCUGUAUGUAGAAGGCGAUACUACGAGGAAGGAUGGCUCGCUACGGGGAACGGAAGGGGGGUGGUCGGAGUAACUUUCACUUCAAGUCACUGCAGACGGGAUAGGAACACCCCGCAGAGAAUCAACUUCAAUUUAAGAGGCCACAACAGUGAGGUAGUCCUGGUGCGUUGGAACGAGCCCUUUCAGAAGCUGGCCACAUGCGACACAGAUGGGGGGAUAUUUGUGUGGAUCCAGUAUGAAGGCCGUUGGUCAGUGGAGCUGGUGAAUGACCGCGGUGCACAGGUGAGCGAUUUCACCUGGUCUCACGACGGCACCCAGGCCCUCAUCUCGUACCGGGACGGCUUCGUGCUGGUGGGCUCCGUGAGCGGCCAGAGACACUGGUCCUCUGAGAUCAACCUGGAGAGUCAAAUCACAUGUGGGAUCUGGACUCCUGACGACCAGCAGGUGCUGUUUGGCACAGCGGACGGACAGGUGAUCGUGAUGGACUGCCACGGCCGCAUGCUGGCCCACAUCCUGCUGCACGAGUCGGACGGCAUCGUCAGCAUGUCCUGGAACUACCCCAACUUCUUGGUGGAGGACAGCAGCGAAAGCGACACCGACUCCGACGACUACGCCCCGCCUCAAGAUGGUCCAACUGUCUAUCCAAUUGCAGUGCACAACCUGAAGCCACUGCUCACGGUCAGCUUCACGUCGGGGGACAUCAGCCUGAUGAACAACUACGACGACCUCUCCCCCGCCAUCAUCCGCUCAGGGCUCAAGGACGUGGUGGUGCAGUGGUGUUCUCAGGGAGACCUCAUGGCGGUGGCGGGCAUGGAGAGACACGGCCUCCCUGUGGACCCAGCCUGCGUGUCCCUCAUGAGGAACGCCCUCGUCAAGUUCUACAACGUCCACGGAGAGCACAUCUACACACUGGAGACACCUGCCCAGCGGCCCAUCACCACCAUCUGCUGGGGUCACCGCGACUCGCGGCUGUUCCUGGCCUGCGGGCCGGCGCUGUACGUGGUGCGUGUGGAGCACCGCGUGGCCAGCCUGCAGCUGCUGUGUCAGCAGGGCAUCGCCAGCGCCCUGCGGGAGGAGAAGGACAUCAGCAAGCUCAACAUCCCCUCCCGUCUCUGCUCCUACGUCACCACCGCCUUCGUGCCCACCAUCAAGCCCCCCAUUCCUGACCCCAACAACAUGCGGGACUUCGUCAGCUACCCCACGGCAGGGAACGAGCGGCUGCACUGCACCAUGAAGCGCACGGAGGACAACCCCGAAGUGGGCGGGCCCUGCUACACGCUCUACCUGGAGUACCUGGGCGGCCUGGUGCCCAUCCUCAAGGGCCGGCGCAUCAGCAAGCUCCGCCCGGAGUUCGUCAUCAUGGACCCCAAGACCGACGGCAAAGCAGAUGAGGUUUAUGGAAACAGCUUGAUAUCCUCAAUGAUUGACAGCUGUAACUGCUCAGACUCCAGCGACAUCGAGCUGAGCGACGACUGGGUGGGAAAGAAAUCGCCAAAGAUAUCAAGAGGAAGCAAGUCACCUAAACUUCCCAGGAUCAAUAUUGACCCAAGAAAAUCCCCUAAGCUUUCCCGGGCCACACAGGAAAUAUCCAGGUCGCCGCGGUUACCUAUCCGGAAGCCUUCCAUCGGCUCCCCUAGUCUGACUCGCAGAGAGUUUCCUCUAGAUGACAUCACUCAGCAUAAUUACCUUGCUCAGGUCACAUCUAAUAUUUGGGGGACAAAGUUUAAAAUAGUGGGACUUGCCUCCUUUCUGCCGACGAAUCUUGGUGCAGUUAUCUACAAGACAAGUUUGCUCCACCUCCAACCUCGGCAGAUGACGAUAUACUUACCGGAAGUACGGAAGAUUUCUAUGGACUACAUAAAUCUGCCCGUUUUCAACCCCAAUGUCUUCAGUGAGGAUGAGGAUGACUUGCCAGUAACAGGACCCUCUGGAGUGGCUGAUGACAACCCACCCUGCACGGUCAACAUCCCCAUCGCCCCCAUCCACAGCCCCGCUCAAGCCAUGUCUCCCACUCAGAGCAUCGGGCUGGUCCAGUCCCUGCUGGCCAAUCAGAACGUCCAGCUCGAUGUCCUGACCAAUCCCACGGCCACCGCCUCCGCGGCCGCUGUGGCCGGUGUCUCUGACCACAAUCAGGACACGGUCAUGACGGCGCAGUACACGGUGCCCUCCCGCUACUCCAAUCCGGGACAGGUGAUCUUCGGGGGCCUGGAGAUGGGGCGCCUGCUAGUCGGGCCUCCGCCCCCCCAUCACCAGCAGCAGCAGCAGCACCAACAGCAUCAGCACCAACAGCCGCAACCGCAGCAUCACCACCAACAGCAGCAGCAGCAUCCGCAGCAGCAACAUCAGCAGCAACUCCCACAACAUCCGCAGCAUCACCACCAACAGCAGCAGCAGCAUCCGCAGCAGCAACACCAACAGCAACUCCAGCAACAUCAGCAGCAGCAUCAACAGCAACUUCAACAAAGCCAACUGCAGCAACAUCAGCAGCAGCUUCAGCAACACCAACUGCAGCAGCAGCAGCAGCAAAUUCAACAGCAGCAUCAACAAUAUCAGCAGCAGCAUCAGCAAAUGCAGCAGCAUCAGCAAAUGCAGCAGCAUCAGCAGAUGCAGCAGCAGCAUCAGCAAAUGCAGCAGCAGCAUCAGCAGAUGCAGCAGCAGCAUCAGCAAAUUCAACAGCAGCAGCAGCAAAUUCAGCAGCAGAUUCAACAGAUGCAGCAGCAGCAGCAGCAGAUACGAGAGCAGCAUCAGCAGCAGAUGCAGCAGCAUCAGCAGCAGUUGCAGCAGCAUCAGCAGCAGCUGCAGCAGCUCCAGCAGCAGCAGCAGCAGCACCCGAUUCAGCUCCCUCCCCCUCCCCUGCCUUCCGGUCAGCUGUCGGGCACCAUGCAUCAGCUCCAGGGGACGCUGCAGUUGCCGCACGCCCCGGGCGAGCACGUGUCAGAGCGCGGGGAGCACGAGCACCUGUUGAAGAUCAAGCCCACCCGCUCGGCCCCGCAGCUUGCGGAGGGCGACGCCGUGGUCUUCAGCGCCCCGCUGGAGAUCAGCAAGAUGAACCCCCCUCCGCCGUACCCGGGCACCGUGGCAGCGGCGGUGGCGGCAGCCUCCGCGGCCUCGGCGGGCGCCGCUGGCGGCAGCAACCCCGCGGCGCCGCCGGUGGACCUCUGCCUGAAGAAGAGCGAGUUCUCCCUGUACCCGCCGGCGCCCCAGUACCAGACCCCGCUGGGCUACGAGCGGAUCACCACGUUCGACAGCAGCGGGAACGUGGAGGAGGUGUGCCGCCCGCGCACGCGGCUCGUCUGCAACCAGAACGUGUACACGCUCCAGGGCCCCGGCAGCUCCGCCACGCUCAGGGUCACCUCCUCCGAGAGCAAGAAGGUGCAGCUCCCCUACAGCUCCGCCACCCUCAACCGCCUCACCGUGCCGCGGUACUCCAUACCCAGCGGGGACCCGCCCCCCUAUCCCGACCCGGCCAAUCAGACCAACGCCGGGCGCAACGCCAGUCAGCGAUUGGACAGCACUCUGAUUCACGCCACCCUGCGCCGCAACAGCAGAGAGGCGGCCCUGAAGGUCUCUCAGAUGAUGGAUUCUCAAAGAACUCUGCCAACCAAGUCCAAAGUCAGUAGUGCACUAGCAGCCUCCUACCAGCAGAGAGUGUCCACUGCUCUGUACACUUGCAGUCAGUGCAGUAAUAACAGCAGCAGCACCAGCGCCAGCGCUGGGGGAGCGGGCGCUAGCAGUGGCAGCAACAGCAACGGCAUCGCAGGGGGGACCAUCAUCCGGCAAGACUUCCCGCCGGGGAACGGCGCCCAGCACAGCACCGUCAUCGUUCACUCCAACAGCACCUCGCCCCUGGCCUCCCAGUCCUCCUACAACCUGCUGAGCUCUCUGGACAGCAGCAGGGACAGGACGGACUACGUGAACUCCGCCUUCACCGAGGACGAGGCGCUGAGCCAGCAGUGCCAGCUGGAGAAGUCCAUCCGCCACCUGACCCUGGGAGACGUGGGCCUGACGGUCAAGCGCCCGCCUCCUUACCAGUGGGAUCCCGCCUCCACGGAGGAGAUCUGGGUCCCUCAGGAACGGACUACGCUGGCGGCCCCGCCGGGGCCCCACAAGCCGCCCCCGCUCAUCCUUAACCCCGCUCAGCACUUAGACGUGUCCCGGCUGCCCUUUGUCCUCUCCCCGAAAUCCCCCACCAGCCCCAGCGCGGCCACCUUCCAGGCUGGCUACCAGAUCUCCCUGCCCUUUCCCCCGGGGGCGGGCUACAGCGGGCCCCAGCUCCAGGCCAUGCAGCCGCCUCCGCAGCCCUGUUCCCCUAAAGAAGUCGUGGCUCCGGUCCCUUUCACCCAGCAGGAGCCUGCCAUCGUGCUACCGCCCGGCUACCCGCCUAACCUCGCCAACCUGGCCUGCUGUCCGCUGCCGCCCAUGUACCCGGGGGCGAGCGCCUGCGCUGGCCUCCAGCUGCCCCCGAUAGCCCUGCACCCCUGGAACACCUACAACCCCUGCCCGCCCAUGCAGAACCCCUCAGGGACCCUCCCCUCCAAGUCCCACCUGGUGGUGGAGAAGCCCGUCCUUUCCCCCCCGCCUCCUCCUGCCGCCGAGCUUCAGAACCACAUGGGCUCCCCGGAGGCCAUGGCCGAGGCUGGCGAGAACUUCCAGGAGGUGCUCUCCCUGAAUGAGAGCCCCAUCCCGCAGAGGGCCGACAAGUUCAGCAAGAAGAACCGCAAGAGGCUGGACAGCCGGGCGGAGGAGGCCAACGUGCCGGCCAUCACCGAGGGGAAGGUGAAGAAGGAGGGCCGCGCCCUCAGCGACUUCAACUCCCUCAUCUCCAGCCCCAGGCUGGGCCGGGAGAAGAAGAAGCCCAAGAGCCAGAAGGAGCAGCUCAAGGCCAAGAAGCUCAACAAGACCAACGAGUUUCAGGACAGCUCGGAGAGCGAGCCGGAGCUCUUCAUCAGCGGCGAUGAGCUCAUGAACCAGAGCCAGAGCAGCAAGAAGGGCUGGAAGAGCAAGCGCAACCUGCGGGCAGCCAGCGAGCUGGAAGAGUUCAAGUGCCGCAAGGCCAACGAGAAGGAGGACCGAGGCCUGGGCAGCCAAGGCUUCGUCUACGUCAUGGCCAACAAGCAGCCGCUGUGGAACGAGGCCACCCAGGUCUACCAGCUGGACUUUGGAGGAAGGGUCACACAGGAGUCGGCCAAGAACUUCCAGAUUGAGCUGGAGGGCAGACAGGUGAUGCAGUUUGGCAGGAUCGAUGGCAAUGCCUACAUCCUGGACUUUCAGUACCCGUUUUCGGCUGUGCAGGCCUUUGCUGUAGCCCUUGCCAACGUCACUCAACGGCUCAAGUGAGCAGCUGCUCGGCACCUUAGCGCAUACCUGUCAUCGGUGACAUGUCAGGACCGACACAGUUAUUUUUUUCCUUCCUUGUGCAUUGUGACAAGAGAAAAGCCGACACAAGUGGAGCUGCAAUGCCCGACGCUGCCAUAAGAGGGUGCUGUUUGCAUAGUGUGAGGAUCAUAGAUGGUGACGGACAAAGCGGGCGGUCACCUGUGGGGAC